CGAAGCUUGGUCACACUGGUGCUUAGCUUUUGUUUUUGUUGACUGAAUUAAAUAAAGAAAUUGCAAUAUAAUGGAUCCGGUAGUACUUGUUUUAUCCUACGGAGCAGUGCCUCCACUGGAAAUAGUCGAAAACAUUUUAUCCGAAGUCAACCAAUCGAAGGAGUCAGCUUCAACGGAGUGCUCACUUAAUUGCUAUAAAUGCAUCAUUAAAACCAAGUAUUAUGACACUUCUAUCAACUUAAUUCCAUUUUCCGGAAAACUAGAAGCUGUUCCCGAGAAAAUUCUCCAAGCAACCGAGGCGCUAAUCAUUUACUUUGACUCAAAAGAUACUUCCUUUAUCGACACAAUUCCCAAGACGUUAGCGAAGAACGAACAGAUUCAGUUGGGCUUUCUGCUUACGUCCUCCACUUCAGAUGAAGGUGGACUGUCCUUCGGAGAAAUAAAGGAGAAAACGAACUUCUUCUUCGACAUAAUCACAUUGAAAAGCAAUGCUGAGAGUGAUUCAGAUGAACCUGAAAAGGACUACGAGGAAGUUGUUGAGGGCUUAAAGAACGUCGUUUGGUCCAAUGUCAAGUUUGGUUCUGAACACAAAGAAGAAAUUAGUGCCGACGAGCUGGACAGUCAGCUGAAGGACUUUGAAAACUUACUCCUCACUGCGCAAAACCUACGUAACGAUACGAGCCUCACUCGAGAACAAUUUCUGGAUCGAGCUGAGCAGUUUGCCGGCAUAGUUUCCUCUAUUUUAAACGACAAUGAUAGCGACUAACUGAUACCCAACUAAGUGUACUGUUUGUUAUCAUAAAUAAAAGUAAAUAAAUUGUAAAUUUUAA